AUGGGGCUGCUGGCACCGGGGCUGGUGGGGGCUUGGGCUGGGGGCCGGGGCUGGAGGGCUGCUGGCCUUGGGGACCGGGCCCGGGCCGAGGGCAAGGGACGGGAGCCCCCACGGCGAGGCCGGCGCUGGUGUCCCCAGCGGUGUCGGGGACCAGGAGCAGGGGUGAUUAGGGUGGCUGAGGUGGGACCGGGGCUGUCCCGGGCCGGGGCCCGGUUCCGGCCGGGCCACAGGGGGCGGAGCGGGGCCGGGCCGGAGCGCGGGGUCUGCGGUCACUCCAGGCUCUGUGGGGCACAUGUAGGGUCCCUUUCCCAGCCCCUGUUCUGUGUGUCCCAAACCUCCCAAAAUCCCCCUUUCCACCUGUUUGUGUCUCCAGGAUUUUUCCCAGGAAUCUUGAGCACCAGUGCCUCUUCUCCCCAAUUUGUGGGUGUUCUCCCAGCCAUGACAUCCCCCAAGAUUCAAACGUGGAUCAGCCACUCGGGCCCAAAGCUGGAAGUUUUCAUCCCAUUCCUGGGCAAAUACCACCGUCCGGUUUCGGGGCGCUGCUGCCAGACCUGCACCCCCAGGAGCUGGGAUGGAUUCUAUCCUGAGGAUCUUGCCGCUCUCGGGUUCCGCGAUGCCAGCCGUGUGACGGAGACAGACACGCGGUUCCGGGGCUGGCUGGUCCGGAGGGUCUGCGGGUUCCUUGCAGCCUGGGAAUGGAAAAUUCCAGCAGAGACCCCCGGGGAGCUCCUGGUGCGGAUCUGCAGCAGCCAGAGGGUGCAGGAUGCUGCCUCCAGCCUGGAGCCUGUGUCUGGAGGGGAUGAAGGAUCCCAGCAGCGCUGGAAGGAGAAGAUCUGCCAAAUCCUGGGGGAAAUCCAGGCCCCGCUCUCCUCUCUGCUGCUGAGGCUGUGCUACUGGCUGCUCCCCAAGCUUCUGAGCCGUCUGUUCCUGAGCGUGCAGCUGCACCGGGGGCAGCUGGAGAUGGUGCUGCGAGCUGCCAGGACGCCCGAGGUGCCCGUGGUGUUCCUGUGCAGCCACCAGUCCCAGAUGGAUGGGCUGCUCCUGUCCUUCGUCCUCCUGUCCCAGGGGAUCGGGCUGCCCAGGGUGGCAGUGGGUGCCUGGACCAGCCCUCGGCUCCGAUCCCUGCUCCAACGCCUGGGAGGGAUUUUCCUGCCUUCGUGGAGUGAGCUGGAUGAUGGGCUGCCGGGAGCUGUGCUGGAUGCGUAUGUCCAGGAGGUGCUGCGGAGCCGCCAGCCCCUCGUCCUGUUCCUGGAGGAGCCCCCAGCUUCCCUGCAGCUGGCAGACUCUGCCCGGCGCUGGCUGCUCCGCGUGCUCCGGGCGCUGCAGGACGGAGCUGUGCCCGAUGUCCUCAUUGUCCCGGUGGGAAUCGCCUAUGAUGUGGCUCCUGGCAGAAUGGAGCAGGAUGGAGCGCCCCCUCAGCCCCUUGGGAUCGGCACGUGUCUCCAGGCAGCAUUCCAGGCCCUGCGCCGUCACCGUGGAUGUGCCCAGGUGGAUUUCUCUCAGCCCUUCUCCUUACAGGAAUUUGUGGACAACAACCUUGUCAGGCCAGUCCUCACAGGGAAUCGUUCAGAGCAGCUGCUGCUUCCCACCAUCCUGGGCAGGAGCCCACUCGAUGUUGGGAAUGUGGGGACUUUGAUUUCCAGUUUGGGGACUGAAGAGGAGAUUUUAGUGACAGCGCUGGGGCUGCACGCACUGAGUGAUUCCAGCGCCUGCUCUGCCAUCAUGGCUGUGGGAAUCACUGCAGCACUGCUGCUCCACAGGCAUCAGGAGGUUGUGCUGCUGCCCCAGCUGAUGUGGGAUUUCUCGGAGCUGCUGGAGCAGCUCCUGCUGCGGGGCCGGGCCGUGGGGUUUUCAGGGCAGCUGCGGGCGCUGGUGGGGCACAGCCUGCGGCAGCUGCAGCACCCCCUGGCCCCACACCCGCUGAGGCCCCCCAGGGCUGCUCUGGUGCCCCCCAAGGCCUUGGCCCGGGCACGGCUGGGGCGGCUGGCAGGGGGUGUCCGGCACCACCUGGCUGGGGAGGCCGUGGGCGCCUGUGCAAUCCGUGCUCUGCUGCUGGAGGUGCUGCCAAUCCUGGGGUCCCCCUCCAGCCUCACCAGGAUCAUGCUGAGCCGGGAUGAGCUGCUCCACAAGAUCCUGGAGUUGCUGCAGCUGCUGCCCCCGACCCUGCUGGGGCUCCAGCCCUGCCAGCCUCCUGACCGCCACAGCCUGGACAUCCUGGACAAGCUCAUCCUUGGGGGGCUGCUGGAGGAGGAGGAGUCAGAGAGUGAGCACUGGGGUUGUGAUGUGGCCCCCCGGCGUUUCUUUUGGGGACGUUCCUUGGGAUCCUUUUCUGAUGACAGCGACAGUGACAGUGAGCACGGGGUCCCCAAGCAGUGCUACAAGCUCAGUGAGCCCCAGGGCUUCCCUGGCUUCCUCCUCUUCCUCUGCCGCCUCCUGAGCCCCGUCCUGCAGACCUACGGCCGGGCUGUACAGUUCCUGGAGCAACCCCCCUGGCCCCAGCCUGAGGCAGACUAUGUGGAGGCACUGCUGGAAUUUCUGGCUGAGGAUGAGGAUGGGUAUCCCGACAGGAGCCUGGCCCUGAGCUCCCUGCAGAGUUUCAAGGACAUGGGGGUGCUGGAGGAGCUGCAGACCCCCGCUGGACCCCUCCUGCAGCUCUCCCAGCCUUUCCAGUCUGCUUCCAACCGGAAGAAGCUGGAAGCCUUUAUCCACCAGUUCACCCAGCUGUAG